CAGCGUCUCCGGCACCCCUGGACGACAAAAUUGAAGACACCCAGCGGGGCUUGUCCGGUCCGAACUUCGCCGCUCAGCUGCUCGACAUCUCGUGACUCUACGAGGUUCCCAGUGCCGUCAGGGUAGUUUUCGGCUCACAGCAAGCCAUGGCCGCAAGGGGAAAACUCAUUGCUAUUAUAGGGGACGAGGACACCUGUGUUGGAUUUCUUCUCGGAGGAAUUGGGGAGAUCAACAAGCAAAGACAGCCAAACUUCAAAGUUGUUGAUAAGAAUACAAGUGUAUCAGAAAUAGAAGAGUGCUUCAAGAGUUUCGUUAAGCGCGGAGAUGUGGAUAUUAUACUCAUAAAUCAAAACAUCGCUGAAAUGAUCAGACAUGCCAUCGACUCCCACACACUGUCAAUACCAGCAGUUCUGGAAAUUCCAUCCAAAGAUCAACCCUACGACCCGACCAAGGACUCCAUCCUGCGGCGAGCAAAGGGGAUGUUUACAACUGAAGAUUACAAGUAGCAGUCUUUUUUUUUUUUUUUGUGCUUUCCUGUAAUCAAGAGAUGCCUCUCCAUUCCAAAAAAAGAAAAAAAAUCAUCCCUGUAGGGAUUUGUUUGGUCAUUGUAAGUGUUAUAUGUAUUAAAGUCUAAUAUAGUGUC